CUAGCACUCCAGUUAUCGAGUAAUGGCAAAUAUUCAAGGAGCCUUCCUCCUCCCUUUCGUAGUCGUUGCUGGCUUGUUAGCUAGCACUCACGGUGCAAAACCAAGCCGUAACUCAAUGCCCUUCAAUAGGACAAGUUUUCCAAAAGAUUUCACGUUUGGAGCUGGCACUGCUGCUUAUCAGUCUGAAGGAGCUGCAUAUAUUGAUGGAAAGGGGCCAAGUAUUUGGGAUACCUUCACUAAACAGCAUCCAGAGAAAAUUUGGGACCAUAGCACAGGAAAUGUAGCCAUCGACUUUUAUCAUCGAUAUAAGGAGGACAUACAAUUGAUGAAAAAAAUUGGCUUGGACUCUUUUAGGUUCUCCAUCUCUUGGUCAAGAGUGUUACCGAAGGGGAAAAUUAGUGGAGGAGUAAACCCUCUGGGUGUCAGAUUCUACAACAAUCUCAUCAAUGAGCUCUUAGCGAAUGGCAUAACACCUUUUGUAACAUUGUUUCACUGGGAUCUUCCACAAGCACUUGACGAUGAGUAUUCCGGAUUCCUAAGCUCCAAAGCUGUGGAUGAUUACGUUGACUAUGCGGAAUUUUGCUUCAAAACAUUUGGCGAUCGGGUGAAGCACUGGUGCACAUUUAAUGAGCCAUACUCGUUUAGCAGCAAUGGCUACAAUGGCGGUACUUUCGCUCCAGGCCGUUGCUCUAACUAUGCCGGAAACUGCACGCUAGGUAACUCCGGUACCGAACCCUACAUGGUAGCCCAUAACUUGAUUCUUGGACAUGCAGCAGCUGUGAAAUUGUACAGGGAGAAAUAUCAGGCUUCUCAAAAGGGAAAAAUUGGGAUCACUAUAGUGACAAACUGGUUUAUACCAAAAUCUCCAAAAUCAGAGGAAGAUAUCAAAGCAGCCUAUAGAGAACUUGAUUUUCUGUUUGGUUGGUUUGCGAAUCCACUUACUUACGGAGAUUAUCCUGAGACCAUGAAAGCUAUAGUGGGACAUCGACUACCCAAAUUUACUAAGGAGGAAUCUGCUUUGGUAAAAGGGUCAAUAGAUUUUCUUGGUGUGAAUUACUACACUACAAAUUAUGCAGCAAACAAUCCAGCUCCUAAUAAAUUCAACUUUAGUUAUACUGGAGAUUCCCAAACCAUUCUCUCAACUUCCAAGGGUGGACAUCCUAUCGGUACACCGACAGCUUUGAAUUGGCUAUUCAUCUAUCCGAAGGGAAUUUAUGACCUUAUGCUGUAUGUAAAGGACAAGUACAAGAACCCUCCGGUUUACAUUACUGAGAAUGGUCUUGCCGAUGCAAAUAAUGCAUCAUUGCCAGUUAAAGAAGCUCUGAAAGAUGGGCUAAGAAUAAGAUACUUAGCUAGCCAUCUACAAUAUCUUUCAAAAGCCAUCAAGGAGGGAGCUAAUGUGAAGGGAUACUAUCAAUGGGCAUUUUGGGACGAUUUUGAAUGGGAUGCUGGAUAUACCGUCCGUUUUGGCAUGAUUUAUAUUGAUUUCAAGAACAAUUUAAAGAGAUAUAUGAAAUACUCGGCUUAUUGGUUCAAGAUGUUCCUCCUACACUAAGUUGUGGAGGUUGAGUUGGUUAGCCCUAACUCGGUCAUGUUAAUUUGUUGCUUUAUGAAUGAUUAGAGAAGUUUAGACGAGGAGAAUCUUCCUUACAAUAUGAGAACGAUGUCUGUCCCUCGUCUCUUGUAUGUUUUCUUGUAAUAAUUCCCAUGUUUUUUCUAUGGUGUGGCUUCUACAAUAAAGAAAGAGACGUCAUCCUUGUGUCUUUUACGA